ACGACUGCUCGUGCGUUUGUCUCUUUGCCCAGCUGUUUGCUUCUGCCUGGCCAGGCCCUGCGCUGCUGUGGUUCUGCAUCCUGUGUGCCGCUUUGUUUUUCUUCUCCCAUCUCCAUUCCUUGAGACAUGCAGCAGGAGCUCCUCCCACAAGACAUGGCCCCCGUGUUUCCGAUUCAGUAGCGGUUCGGUAUGGCUCCAAUGAAGGUUCUUGGUAUCUGGCACUACUGCUUGCGGCUGGUAUCGUAGUUUAUUCCCUUCUCUUUUUUUUUUGCUUAUCUAUCUUGGUACUUGGAUAUCUCACACCACUGUAAUUUGUCUGUUUGAACUUCCUUGGGAGAACACUAGCGAUCUUCUCGCAUUGCCAAAAUCUUCUCGGGCUUGAUUAAUUAACAGUACUACGUGGUAGCAGAGUACUGUAGUACAUCCUCUUGUCGGUAGAUUGUGCCGGUAAAGGGUUGGAAAGAGUUUAUGGAGAUCGUAUUCAAGUAUCUUGGAGAUUCCUCGUGUCGCCUCGAUUCGUUCGGAAGCUGCUAGGAAGCAGGAUGGAAUGAGUACUCGGAUCAUCCGUGCAGUCGGCAUAUCUUUUGACUGAAAAGCAAUUCUGAGUGUACAUAUUCCGUAUGAUUAGAAAAAAAACAGCCCUAUGUCUAUGUGUGUGUGUGUGCGCGCACUUUGGUUGAGGUGCUUGUCUUAUAUUGGACAUUGUAGCCGUUUGAUGCUGCGCCCUCUACUGCAUUUCAAUGUAUUUUGCCUAGUUUCCAGUCAAACACAGGGCACUUUCUUGUGCAGGGGUUGUCUGCUGCCCCUGUGUGCCACUUUCUAGGGUUCUCCCCAUGUUGAUUUCUGAGCCUCUCUGUUAAUAUCCUAUGGUGAUACAGUGGUAUUUUCUGCAUCAUCUGUUACGUGUUAUGAGUUAACUGUUGGUAAAACGGAAGUUUCGUAUGUGCACUGAGACAUAUGCUUGUACUAACUUAUCCUGGUUUAUGAUUUAUCAUUUUUGGUACAUGCGACAUUUGUUGACACAGUGUUGAAUCUUCUGCAUGAGUGUCAUUCAAGCAUGUGACAAAUGAUGUCUCAAUGCUGGUCAUGAAGCACACAAACACUGUCUCAUGUUGGCCAGCAUUAUUUUGGUCAUGGUCAGUGAGUUGAAUCUUGAUAUCAUGAGCAUCUUUAGUUCUUCUGCUCUCACCUUUGUCUGAUCAUUUGGUAGUGAGAUUAAUAUAAUUAUCAAUACAGAACAUGAUGAUGACUAACUUAUUUCUCUAAUAAUAUAUAGAAUCUGCAUCUCAAGGAAAGAAAAAGCGAGCACAUCUGUAUUUGCAGGUAUGAGCAAAUAUGAUUCCAUCAGUUUAUUUUUUAGCAUUUUUUCUUGAGAAAACGCAAAAGCCUUGCGUUUCGAUACAUUGGUAGAAAAAGAAGAAUUGUACAAGCCCUAAGAAGGGCAACACCCGGUGAUUACAACACGACACCUCUAGUCACUAGACACUGCCACCGCCGGAAGCAAAGCCGGCAGACCUCUCACACCUGCCGUUGCCCAUUGCCUGGCUUCCCUCUUGAACGUGUCGAGGAGACGGGCUAAGCUGAGCUGAGUUGUUGAAGAUGGUCGCGUUACGGUGCUUCCAGAUGCAUCAGGCCACCAACGUUAUGACCGAGGCGGUGCCUUUCUGGACCGGGGUGGGGACGGAGCUGCAACUUCGUUGCCACCAUCCCACGAAGUCCUUGAGGGGGCUCAAGACUUACAGUUGAGCUUCAAGAGCUCGAACUUACCGUUCCCUGAAUUGAUUCUUAUUGUUUGUUCUCUUUCUCCAUGAUGGUUUAGGGCAAACCACUGCGUAUGAAUGUUAGUGGUCUGCGCAAAGUGUCUUCUUGAUCGCGGUUACCAUUGGUCAUUGCCUGGUAGUUGAUUAGUUUCCUAAUGCCUAGUACCCUAUUGUUUAGUAUAGUGAGUGUUCAAUUUAUCAGCUUGUCCCCUCCGCAGUGGCCUAUUCGAGAGUAGUUGCAUGGCUAGUGUAGGAGCCUCGAUUGUGUCGCUUCAACAAGUUCAAAGGGCUACAUAUUUGGGUUCUGUCUUAUUGCAUCAAGUUACUUUAGCCGCCCCCAUGAUUGUGUCAUUAGUGGCGCCUAGUGUCAACCCAAGCCCUGUUUGUUUGUCAUGGAAUGAGAUCGGGUCAUGGAAUGAGAUCGGGAAUAAUAUGCAAAUUCAAGCUCCCAUCAAUAUUGGGACAAGAGCAAAUUUUCACUUGCAUUUAUUUGUUGAUUCAUAUUUACUACCUCCAUUUGGAAAUAACUGACGUAUUCAAAUUUGUGAACUAAAACUAAAACCACGUCUGUUAUUUCCGAACGGAGGCAGUACCAUUUUCAGCCACCAGAUUGGCAGGCGUGUUCCCAGAAUUCCUUUGGCUUUGUGCUAAUAUAUGUAUUCUUGUUAAGUUGUCGGAAUACUCCGACCUGUCCUUUCAUCCCCAUAAAGGAUAAUAUACAUACUCUGUGCCAGUCUAGUCUAGUGUGAGGAAACCCUGGCAUUAUCCUGAGAGACAGAGAGAGAGCUAGCCAGCAUGGAUCUGAUUAGUGCUGUUGUAUCCAGCACGAACAAUGCACAUGACAAAGCUGCAGGUAGGGAGAUGAAAGAAAAAACUCCCGCCCGCGGUUUUUCAGAUGUCUGUGGAUCUGAUUAGUCCCUUCACUGGCUUUCAGAUGCCCUAACAUGCGGCAGUGUGCCGGCGCCCUUUUAGCAGUUUUAAGGGCUAAGCGGCAGCCCAGACUGCCGUUUUUCUGGGCAUGUAUGGCCACUUGAUCCUGUCCGCGGCGCGGCGCGGUGCGGUGCGGCGCAUGGUCCUCAAUCAUGCCCCCUGACCCUGAGCACUGUGUUGUUAAGGGUCCAUCUAUGCAUGAUCACACUGGUGAAGUAAGUAUUCUUCUCCCCUCUUAGCCCUUAUCAUAAUAAUAAGCUAGUAAUACAAUAGUAGGAGCAUGCAUUUGGACUCACAAGUGUCCCUUCUAAGGCUCAAAAGUGUUGACUGCAUGUGGGCUGGUAGGGUGGGGUGGGGUGGGGGAUGGGGGGCUGUCCUGAGAUACUGCAGCACAUAUCCUUGCCCCUUCUAUAUAAACCAAGAUUUGCACCACCGCAUCCCAUCAUACAUACCAGCAUCAUCUCAAGAGGAGGGCCCUGACCUGACCCUGAACCUAAACCUCUCGCAUUGCUCCCGGUCUGGUGGAUGCCAUGGAGCAGGGGAAGAAGAAGCAUAUGGGCAAGCUGCAGAAGGUCCUGAGGGAGCAGAAGGCCCGGCUCUACAUCAUCCGCCACUGCGUCGUCAUGCUUCUCUGCUGGAGUGACUGAUCUGGGCUCAUCAGAGGCACAGCCACAAUGUUCCUUCCCUUCAUUAAUUCUCUCCUGCUUUCCUCCCCAUGUUUUUUUCACAUUGACCUUUACCCUAUGAUGAAGGUUCUCUGUUUUUCUUGCCUCCUUGCAAUGGCAAGGGUUAAUGAUGUUGUAAAGUUGGAGGGUGUUAAUACGGACUAACAGUGUACUUUUUCC